CGGAGCUGCCGGCGGGCGGGCGGGCGGCAGCCGGAGGGGACGGCGGAGCGGACUUAACUUGCCAAGCAUAGAAGAAAUACUGUAGAGAGAAAAAUGUCUAUUGGAUACAAGAGGCCAACUUUUUUUGAAAUUUUUAAGACGCGAUGCAGCAAAGCAGAUUUAGGACCGGUAAGCCUUACUUGGUUUGAGGAACUUUCUUCAGAAGCUCCACCCUAUAAUUCUGAGCUAGCAGAAGAAUCUGAAUAUAGAAUCACCAGUUAUGAACCACAUGUAUUUAAAACUCCACAAAGGAAACCCUCUUAUCAAUUGGCUUCAACUCCAAUAACUUUCAAAGAACAAGGAAAGGAUAAUGCAAGUAGUGAACAUAAAAAUCAUUGCAAAGUGAAGAUUAAAGUAGACCAAGCAAGUGAUGUUACCAGCCCACUUCUGAAUUCUUGUCUUAGUGAAAGUCCUCUUGUUCUACGAUCCGCACAAGUAACGCCACAAAGAGAAAAACCAGUAUGUGGAAGUUUAUUUUAUACACCAAAACUUGAAAAGGGUCAGACACAAAAACAUAUUUCUGAAAGUCUGGGAGCUGAAGUAGAUCCUGAUAUGUCUUGGUCAAGUUCCUUAGCUACACCGCCUACCCUUAGUUCUACUGUGCUCCUAGUCAGAGAUGAGGAAGCAGCUGAAAUUUCACUUCCAAAUAAUACUACUCCUGUUUUGAAAAGCUGUUUUUCUAGUCACAAUGAAAGCCUGACAAAGGAUGCUAGAUUUAUGCACUCUGUUACUGCCAAAGAAAGCAAAACUCACAGAAAUGCUGUUGGUCAUGGAUUAAGGAAAACAUUAGGGAAUUCAUUUGGCAAUGUGCAUAGCUACAAAGAUCACCUUGAAAAGUCAAUGCCAGAUGUCCUAGAAGAUGAGGUUUAUGAGACAGAUGUAGAUAUUUCUGAAGAAGAUAGUUUUUCAUUGGGCUUUCCUAAGCAUAAGUAUUGUCUACAGAAAACAAGAAAGGGCAAGACUAGGAAAGAGAGUUUUUGUGAAAUAAGCACUGAUGAGUUAAGUGAAGAAGCUGAAAUCCAAGACACCGAAAGUAAGCGUUCCUGUGCCCCUGAAAUGGGGCCCAGUGGUAGUGAUCCCUUAGAGACAGAUGCUACAAGUCAGAAUCCCUUUGGCAACACAAAUGACAAAAUCUCCAAGGAAGUUGUUCCACCUUCAAGCUAUGAAUGGUCUCCCAUAACCCUCUCCAGUCUAAACAGAACUCACUUGGAAAAAACACCUCCACUGCAUAUUACUAAUAGUGGCCAAAAUAAUUCGGAAAAAGACUUCAUAGAGACAAAGAAAGAAUGUAUUGAUUUUAUUACCUCAGAAAACUUUUUGCCACAUAAUUUUAGUCUGCUAAAACCUGAAAAGAUAUUGUAUGAGGAAACACAGGGAAAUAAGAAACUCCAAGGACAUCAGUUUGAGUUUCACAAAGACUCCUUUCUUACAGUAAAGCAAACAACGCCCGGAGCUUCUCAAGUAUCCUGUCCCGAGCAGAGUGUUAGAAUGCCUGUGUUCAGGAUGAAAGAACCACUUGAGACUUUGGGCACCAUUUUCUCAGAUAAUGUGACCAAUCCAAGCUUUAAAGAAGAAACUGAGGCCUUUCAAAAUGCAUUGGAAAUGUCUGCUUUUGACUCAGGGAGAGAGGACUCUUUAUGUCCUAGUUCAGUUGAUGAUGGAACCUGCCCAGCCAGUGUUACACAUACCUCUGUAACUUUGAAAAAUACCAGUUUAAUAUCCACUUUGAAAAAGAAAAGAAAAAAGUUUAUUUAUGCCAUAAGUGAUGAGGCGUCUUAUCAAGGAGAAAACAUAAAGAAAGACAAGAAAUCAGAGCUCGGCAACCCUGGACCCUGGAUCAACGCACCACCUGCAUUUAUGAAUGCUGAUUCAGGGUUAUCAUAUCCUUCUGUCACAAGACACUGUUCACAGGAUGCUGAAGAACACCCGUUGUCAUUAACCAACUCUUUUGGAACUACUCCCAAUAAUGAAAGUAGUUACACUGCUACAGUAUCUCAGGACCUUAAUUACAAAGAAGCAAAAAUUAACAAGGAAAAGCUACAGUCAUUCCUAACUCCAGAAACUGAUCUUCUGUCACCCCUGCAGGAAAGACAACAUGAAAAUCAAGAAAGCCACACAAUUUCAGAUAAAAAAGAAAAGGUCUUGGUCCCAGCAUGCCAUUCUGCAGCACAGCGUUUGGAAGUGAAGUCUAGCAGCAUUCACUUUCGGUCGCAGGAAAGCCUUGUAGAUGGCCAUAGUAAUACUAGCACUCUCAUGUUAUCUCCUAGCUCCAGGGAUCUCCUGUUAAGUCCAGUUCUGGUUUCUAGAGGAAAAGAAGCAUAUAAAACAUCAGAGGAACUAAAAUAUAAGAACUGUGAUGUUGCUCUUGAAUUAACCAAAGACAAAGGGAACUUAGGGGAAAGUGAAAAAAUUUGUGUUUCAAAUGAAAAUUCUAAAAAAGUUGAGCUUUUGUCCUCUGAAAAUUAUGGAAUAGUCGCAUCACCGUUAGCAAACAUGCAGUUCAACCAAGACACCAAUCUAACAGUGAUCCAAAAGGACCAAGAAGAAACUACUUCAGUUUCAGAAAUAACUGUCAAUCUAAACUCUGAAGAACUUUUCCCAGAAAAUGAGAAUAAUGUCUUUCAAGUAACUGAUGAAAAGAAUAAUCCUGUUUCAGGAAAUGCUAAGGAACUCUCUGAAGAAGUCCUCAGUUGUACAAAAAUUCCUGUUCUCAAGAACUCUUCCAUGGUAGUAGAUCGAUACAGAGGUGAUGAACGAGCAGCCCAAGUGCUGCUUACAGAAGACCUUGACCCACCAGACAGGGUCCAUGGUCAGGCAAAGGAGAGCAGGACCAGUGUAAGGCAACACCCGGAAGUAAGUGCAGGCCAAGGUGUAAAGUCGCAUGCCUCCUUGGAUAUGAGGUCAGGCACAAGCAAUUAUGGCGCAAACAGACGGUCAGUGCUCUUGGGUCCCAUGUCAAAGCGCAGUUUGGGAGGUAGCUUUGGAACAGCUUCCAGUAAAGAAAGAAAACUCACUGCGUGUGACAUUAAGAAAAGCAAAAUGUUCUUCGGAGAUACUGAGGAGCAGCAUCCUACUAGCUUAGCUUGCAUAGAACUUGGAAAUGCCCUACCAGAAAGUCAGAAGGAACUAAGCAGACCUCAUUCAUUUGAUUCACAGUCAGUUAGUUCUGUGUCUACCUAUGUGCAGAAUAAUGCACUUGUUUCUCCUCAAAGAGGUGACCUUGCGACGCCUCAGGUGUUAUCUUUAAGGCAAGAUAUUAUUAAUUCAAAUCAUAAUUUAACACCUAGCCAAAAGGCAGAAGUUACAGAACUUUCUACUAUAUUAGAAGAAUCAGGAAGUCAAUUUGAAUUUACACAGUUCAGGAAACCAAGCCUCCUCAUACAGAGAAAUACAUUCAGAGUACCAGGAAACCAUAUGGCCGUUGUAAACACCACUUCUGAGGCUAGUAGAGAUGUUGGUUUCCAUCAAAUGGCUGAUUCCUGGCCUGUAGGUCAUGAAGAUUACAGCAGAAAAUUGGAAGGUGCAGAUGGAAUUAAACAAAAGUUUCCCUGCUCAUCGAACAACAACUGUAGCAAAAAUGCAUCCUGUUUUUUUACAGAUGAAAAUGCAGUGGAGUUUAGAGGCUUUUAUUCUGCUCUUGGAACAAAACUGAAUGUUUCUAGUGAAGCUCUGCAAAAGGCUAUGAAGCUGUUCAGUGACCUUGAGAAUGUCAGUGAGGAGACCUUCUCUUCAAGUAAACGUCAUGAUUCUGUUCCAGAGUUUCAGUCAAAAACUCCUAAUAGUAAUAAAAACCUUAAUAAGAAAAGUACUAAGUACCAAGUAACAUUACAAAAAAAUAUUGAAACGGCUACUGACAUUUUUCUUAAGGAAAAUAAUGAAAAUUCCACAAGAAAUAGUGAACAUAACAAAUACACUGGUUCCAGCAGAAAUGCUUGUAAACUAGAAGGUAUAGGUGUCACAGUUAAUCAUAAAGAUGAAAGUGACCUGCCACGUGCUCAUCAGCACAGUGGGCAUCUUAUGUCAUCUAGCCAGUUUGUGAAGAAAGGAAGCAUACAAAUUAAAGAAAGUUUGUCAGAUUUAACCUGUUUGGAAGUUGUGAAAGAUGAAGAAACAUGUCAUUUGAAAUCCUCAAAUAAAGAAUUAGCUGCAGGUAAUAAGGAACAAAAUAGAAAAGAUUGUGCUAUAUCCUUUCAGACUGCAAGUGGGAAAAACAUCAAAGUCUCCAAGGAGUCAUUCAAUAAAGUUGCAGAUUUCUUUGAUCAAGAAACAGAACUGUCUAACUUUUCGGAUUCCUUUAAUUCUGAAAUUCUUUCUGGCAUAAAUAACACAAUAGGCAUUUCAAGUCACAAGGUAAGAGUUGUGAUUAAAAGCAAGUUAUUGGAAGAAAGUUUCCCUGCUGAUACUCAAAGGCAGCCCCAAAAUCCCCAGCAACACCCUAAGUAUGAAAUACAAAAGAUCAAAGAACCUUUGAGUUUUCAUACAGCUAGUGGGAAAAAAGUUAAAAUUACUCAGGAAUCAUUGGACAAAGUGAAAAUGCUUUUUGAUGGGAAAGAAGAUAUUAGUAGAACCAUCAGUUUUAGUCAAGAGGCAAACCUGCUAACUGAGGAAGAGGACUGUCAGGAAAUACUUUCAUUAACAUGUGAGAGAGUUGGAUUAACUGUCCCAAAGUGUGAAGAAAUGCAGAAUUCUCAAAGUAAUAAUGAGAGGAACUUUGUUUCUAAGGAGACUGGAGUGCUAUCCAAGCUAAGUGAUAAUUUACAUAGACAAACUGACAAUCCCAAAACAUCAAAUAGUAUCUCCUUGAAAGCUCAAGUACAUGAAAAUGUAGAAGAAAGCAUAGAAAAAAGUACAACACCUUGUCUCGAAAGUCACUCCCCUUCCUCAACCAGUGAAGAUCCAGCUUUGGCAUUUUACACAGGACACGGCAGAAAAAUUUAUGUAAGUCUGGCUUCACUAUCCAAAGCAAAAAAAUGGCUUAGAGAAAAAUUGGAUGAUCAACUAGAAAAAAAUCCUUCCAGGAUUGUGUGUGUAAAGGAAUACCCUGAGUAUGAUGUAGAAAAUCCAUCUGAAAAUAGUUCAAAUGAUACUAGAACUGAAAAUGAUAAAAAUCAGCUCUCUGAAAAUCAAAAGUCACCUUAUUUAAGGAAACAUCACAUGUCUAACAGCUAUCCACACCAUUCUGAUGAUGUAUAUAAUGAUUCAGGAUAUUUUUCUAAGAAUAAAGCUGGUUCUGGUAUUGAGACAGUCAUAAAGAAUGUCAAAGACAAAAAUAACACCAGUUUUUCUGAAGAAUCCAUUGUAAAGGAAGUAAGUGCACACCCACAGACUAUACAUGAAGAUACUCAUGUUCAGAAUCCUGGGACUAACCCUUUACCAUGCAGAAAUAAAAAUGCAACCCCUAACUUAACCACACGUGAUGCAAGUAAUUGUGAGGUUGGAUCACCCGCAUUCAGUACAGCCAGUGGUAAGGUUGUCUGUAUUUCACAUGAAGCCAUAGAAACGGUGAGAGAGAGAUUUACAGACAACUGCAAUAAGAUAAUUAAGCAAAACACCAAGAGCAAAAGAGACACUCCCCAAACAGCUCACAGUGAGUCAGUGGCUCAUUUGGAGUUGUUUACUUCUCCUAACUCCUUAGGUGAUGAAGGGUGUUGGGGUUCACAUGAAACUGCUGCUGGCAUUCAAAACAAACAGACUUUACAAAACAACCACAGUACAUCUGGAUUGGAGAAAGUUUCUGGAAGAUUGCCUUGCCACCAUGCUAGUUUGGAAACUUCACAUACUGGGGAUCUUCCUCGUUCUACUUACGCUUGUGGGAUUUUUAGCACAGCAAGUGGGAAAUCAAUACAAGUAUCAAAUGCAUCAUUACAAAAAGCAAGACAGGUAUUUUCUGAGUUAGAAAAUAGUGCUAAUCAGUGCUCAGCCACAGUGCCAACUAAAAGUAAUGAUUAUGUAGACCAGUGCACAGGAGAAAGAGACAUGGUGGCACCUAUCCCCCAAGAAGCACUGUCACUUCACAAAAACUUGUCACACAACAUAAAUGCACCUGCUUUUGCUGGGUUUAGUACAGCAAGUGGAAAACGGGUUACAGUUUCAGAAAGUGCCUUGCACAAAGUGAAGGGAAUGUUGGAAGAAUUUGAUUUCAUCAGCACUGGACAUGUUCUUCAGCCUUUACCUUCCUCUGAACAGAAUGGGUCAGAAGCACUUUCUUGUGGUAAUAGGACACCAGAAUAUUCUGUAAACUCUAAGCUGCAGAAGACCUACAAUAAUGAAGUAGAGUCAUCAAGUGAUUAUAAUGCUGAAAGUGGUUCUUCAGAAAAUAUUCAUCCAGUCAGAGUUUCUGCCCCUCUCUCUCCGAAGCAAGAUACACAGCUGGUAUUAGGAACCAAAGUAUCACUUACUGAUAGCACUCAUCUUUUGGGAAAAGAACAAGCUUUACCCCAAAGCAUAAAAGUAGAAAUUGGUACAACCAAAACGUUUACUAACAUUGCUGUAAAAAAUGCAGAUCAUUCUACUUCCUGCAAAGUUCCAGAAACUUACUUUGAAACUGAAGCAGUAGAGAUUGCUAAAGCUUUCAUGGAAGACAGUGAGUUGAUGGACUGUGAACCACCAAGUGACACCGAAUGCUGCCUGGCCUGUCCCAGAAGUGAGGAAGUAGUUUUAAGUUCAAGAACUAGGAAAAGAAGAGGAGUCACUGUUGGCCCAGUUGGAGAUCCUCCAAUCAAAAGAAGCUUAUUAAAUGAAUUUGACAGGAUAAUAGAAAAUAAAGGAAAAUGCUUAAAAGCCUUAAAAAGUACUCCAGAUGGCAUAAUAAAAGAUAGAAGAUUGUUCAUGCAUCACAUUUCUUUAGAGCCAGUAUCCUGUGGACCCUUUUGCACCAGGGAGGAACGGCAAGAAAUCCAGAAUCCAAAUUUCACCGCACCUGCUCGAGGAUUUUUGCGUAAAUCUCAUCUUUAUGAACACUCAACUUUGGAAAAAUCUUCAAGCAAUGAAAUCCCUACUACAAGAAAUGAAAAGAUAAAAUGCUCACUUUUUACAGGCAAAUCAGCCAAAGCCUUCGUGCCACCUUUCAAAACUAAGUCACAUUUUCAUGGAGAUGAACACUGUGUUAGCAAGAAAAUUCAUUUGGAGAACAAACUAACCCUAAGUGAAUGUGGUUCUGAUGGAGGUGGAAGUGUUGAUGGCAGUGGCUUUCGUCCACUUCACGAAAACAGCUCCCUUCAAGAAGCAGCUGUCGUUUGCACAGAGUGUGAAGAACCCUCAGAUUUAAUUACAAGUCUUCAGAAUGCCAGAGAUAUGCAGGAUAUGCGAAUUAAAAAGAAAGAAACGCAACACAUUUUUCCACAGCCGGGCAGUCUGUAUCUUGCAAAAACGUCUACUGCGCCUCGAAUCUCUCUGCAAGCCGCAGUAGGAGGCAGAGUCCCCGCCGCGUGUUCUCAUCAGCAGCUCUACAUGCAUGGCGUUUCUAAGCAUUGCAUAAAAAUUAACAGCAAAAAUGCCGAGUGUUUUCAGUUUUAUAUUCAAGAUUAUUUUAGUAAGGAAGAUGUAUGUGCUGGAAAAGGAAUUCAGUUGGCCGAUGGUGGAUGGCUAGUACCUGCCAAUGAUGGAAAGGCUGGAAAAGAAGAAUUUUACAGGGCUCUGUGUGACACUCCAGGCGUCAGUCCAAAGCUGAUUUCUAGAAUUUGGGUCUAUAAUCACUACAGAUGGAUUAUAUGGAAACUAGCAGCCAUGGAAUUUGCUUUUCCUAAAGAAUUUGCUAAUCGAUGUCUGAACCCGGAACGAGUGCUUCUUCAGCUCAAAUACAGAUAUGAUGUGGAAAUUGAUAGAAGCAAAAGAUCUGCUAUAAAAAAGAUAAUGGAAAGAGAUGAUACAGCUGCAAAAUCGCUUGUUCUCUGUAUUUCUGACAUUUCACCAAGCACAAGUGUAUCUGAAACUUCUAGCAGUAAAACUAAUGGUGGCAAUACCAAGAAAGAGGGUGUGAUUGAACUUACAGAUGGAUGGUAUGCCAUCAAGGCCCAGCUAGAUCCUCCACUCACGGCUCUCCUAAAGAAAGGGAGACUUACUGUGGGUCAGAAGAUCAUUAUGAAUGGGGCAGAACUUGUGGGCUGUCCUGAUGCCUGUGCGCCUCUGGAAGCCCCAGACUCUCUUAUGUUGAAGAUUUCAGCCAACAGUACUCGGCCUGCUUGCUGGUACACCAAGCUUGGAUUCUUUCCCGAUCCCAGACCUUUCCCUUUGCCCCUGUCAUCACUGUUUAGUGACGGAGGGCAUGUGGGCUGUGUUGACAUCAUCGUUCAGAGGGUAUACCCUAUACAGUGGGUAGAGAAGACAGCAUCAGGAUUGUACAUGUUUCGCAAUGAAAGAGAAGAAGAGAAGGAAGCAGCAAGAUUUGCAGAGGCCCGACAAAAGAAACUCGAGGCCUUGCUCACAAAACUUGAAGCAGAAUUGAAUGACCAUGAAGAAAGCACAAAAAGACAAUGUAUGCCAGCCCGUGUACUCACAAGGCAGCAAGUCCGUGCUCUUCAGGAUGGAGCAGAGCUUUAUGAAGCAGUGAGAAAUGCACCAGACCCAGAUUUCCUUGAGGGUUAUUUCAGUGAAGAGCAGCGGAGAGCCUUGAAUAAACACAGGCAGAUGUUGAGUGACAAGAGGCAGGCCCAGGCCCAGCUGGAACUCAGGAAGGCCAUGGAAUCUGCUGAACAAGGGGAGCAGGGGCCAUCGAGGGACGUCACAACUGUGUGGAAGCUGCGUGUUGUCAGCUACAAGAAAAAGGAAAAAUCGGUUAUAUUGAGUAUCUGGCGGCCAUCCUCAGACUUACACUCCCUGUUAGCAGAGGGAAAAAGAUACAGAAUCUAUCAUCUUACAGCAUCUAGAUCUAAGAGCCAACCUGAAGGACCUAACGUUCAGUUAGCAGCUACAAAAAAAACUCGGUAUCAACAACUGCCGGCUUCUGAAGAAAUCUUAUUCCAGGUUUUCCAGGCAAGAGAGCCCCUUCACUUCAACAGAUUGUUAGAUCCAGACUUUCAGCCUCCUUGUUCUGAAGUGGACCUUAUAGGAUUUGUGGUUUCUGUUGUGAAGAAAAUCGGCCUUGCUCCCGUGGUCUAUUUGUCAGAUGAAUGCCACAAUUUACUAGCAGUAAAGUUUUGGAUAGCUCUUAACGAAGACAUGAUUAAACCUUGUAUGUUAAUUGCUGCAAGCAACCUCCAGUGUCACCCAGGAUCCAAAUCAGGAAUUCCUACUUUAUUUGCUGGAGAGUUUUCCAUAUUUUCUGUCAGUCCAAAAGAGGUCCACUUUCAAGAGCGAUUCAGCCAGAUGAAGCAUGCUGUUGAGGACGUUGACACAUUUUGUAGUGACGCAGAAAGCAAGCUUCUGCGUCUCCUUCACGCAGGCGACCCCCGGUGGCCCACCCCAACCAAGACCUGCAAGCCAGAGCCGCAGCCUGUGUCUACUGUCCCUUCUACAGGAAAUAAGUUGCUGGAGUCCUCUAACAAUGAGCAAAGUUGUCAAAGUCCCCUGUCACAAUGUACACCCAAAGGGAAGCCUGUGCCCACGUCUGUGUUGGCCCAGGUGACUUCAAAGUCUUGCAAAGAGGAGAGGGAGGGUGAUGACCCGAAGAGCUGCAAGAAGAGGCGGGCCUUGGACUUCCUGAGUCGGCUGCCAUUGCCCCCUCCUGUGAGCCCCAUGUGCACGUUGGUUUCUCCGGCCGCACAGAAGGCGUUCCAGCCACCACGGAGCUGUGGUGCCAGGGAUGAGACACCCAGAAAGAGCAGAGAAUGGAGACCUCCGCCCAGGACGCCACUGAGGAGAGCCCAUGACGUUUCCCCGCUGGAACGCGACUCGAUAGCUGAUGAAGAACUGGUGUUGCUGAACACCCAAGCCCUGGUGUCCGCUUCGGCCGGAGCAGAUCGGCUCCCAUCUGCCAGUGAGCCCACGAGGACUCCGCCCUCCGCUUCAGAAGGUCACCCGGCACAGCAAAGAUGCCACGUGGCCCCUUAGGUCCAAGGACAGGAAUUUCCACGCCAGCACAGAUGAAGGUCAUGCCCAUAUUCAGGACCCAAGUCCAAAAAUGAGUACAUUUCAGGAAUUACAAAGGCAACAAAAACAAAAGUAACCAUGCUUAAUGACUCCUAGCUUUCCCAAUUUAUGUGUACAGUUUCAACCUAUACGUGCUUCUGUGACAAGAUGUGCAAUAGCUUCGAGUUUCCUCAGGUGUUUAUGUAUCAUAGAAAUGUCCUUUGUUUAGCGUACUUUUAUUUCAUUUGUCUAACUUAAAGCUGACUGUAUGUUUACUGAUUGGAAAAUCUCGUUUAAAUCUUUAUGAUUAGAUUGAUCACUACAAAUAUUUUGCACAUACAAUAAAACAUACUUUUUAUUUUA